CUAGAAUGAAAACGCUGUAUGUGAAAGAGUUGAAUUGUCCUAAAAAACAUCUCGUCCAGUGGAAUGAAGACGGUGAUGUCUCUGUGGCUGCGAUAAAGGCAGCAGCAGAAGAAGAACUCGACAUUCCGGUCAACGAACAAGUUAUAGUGUUUGGCGGACGAAUACUGAAAGAUGACAAGACCCUGGAAGACUAUAAUGUCAAAGAAGGAUGUACUAUUCACGUUCUAAGAAAGACAACCAGACAAGAAAGAAGUGACGAAGCUGUUGAAAUGGAGUCUUUGGAAGGAAUCUCUGAUGCUCAGUAUGAAAACAGACAGCAAGUCAUUGAAGAAUUGGUGGCAGAAGUGGUUCACAAUCCUCAACUGUUGCAGGAAGUUUUAUUACGUGGAGAAGUCGUCUUGUCAGACUCAGACAGUCGAGCUAUUGCUAUCGAUCCCAACAUGGUUGACAGACUGAGAGAUCCCGACUUUGUUAGAAGUAUGCUGGAUGGUCAUUCGUCACUGGUUGAAGCUCUACGACGUCACUUGUCUAUGUGGAAUAUACCGGUAAAUGAUGGGGAGCCAAGUGUUCCAAUUUCGUUUGAUGCAAACAUUACUGAGGAGGGAGAUGAUACUGAUGUGGCUAUAGAUACUCAAGACAUGGUGCAACCACCUGAUUACACAAACAGCAAUAGUGCGAUGGCUAUAGCUUCUCCCGGAUCGAGUAUAAGCUCUGCUCAUCUGGCAGCUGCUUUGGCCAGAGCUCAAGGCGGACAGUCAAAUCUGCUUUCUGUUGAUUCAACAAGUAGUGGGACGUCACAUCUUGGAGGUGCUUUACCUUUCGAUUUACCAUCUGACAGCCCCGAUAGUUUGAUGCAGCCUGUGCUGUCGAGGCAACAGUCUAGUUCUUCACAAGCCGACCAUCAGGCUACAAAUGUGACCGGAACGAUUAUUUCAAGUGCUGCACUGAGCCAGGCUCUAGCAGGAGCAACGAGUUCAUCAGGCACGUCUCAUACUCGAUGGGCACAGCAACUUGAACAGAUUCAAGAAUUUGGUGUUUGGGAUCAAGCUGCUUGUAUUCAUGCACUCGAUGAAACGGGAGGUGAUGUUGAAGCAGCCAUAGAGUUACUUGCAAACCAAGGCAUAAUAUGACAACAGGAGAUAGUUAAUGAAUAUAGUAUACAGUUGGACAAAUGGCUUUAACUUUAAGUUCGAACCAAAAUGAUUCGUGUGAUAUAAGGUGUAGUGAGAGUCGAUUGCAAAUGUUUAAUUGCUUGUAUAGUCAGAUUAGAUUAGCCACUGAAGACUGCAGACUGUGAAUCUCUGUUGAUGAGUUUGAAAUAUGAAGAAUGCAAGGAAA